AAUUGGUCUCUUUAUUUAUUUUAUUCUGAGUUGUACAGAGUUGAUGAACAUGAACCAACUGAAUUAAUUUCUUGUAUUUGUCGCAAAGAGAUUCCGCUCCCAAAGCAGUAAAAUGGAUCUCUCCUCUUCUUCCUGUGCUUCUCUCUCUAAAACCUAUCAUCAUCCGUUUUCUCUCUCUCUCCUCCAUCCAAACUCUCUUCAACUGUUGCGAUCCCAUCAUCUUCCUCACCGCAGAACACUCUUUCUCCGGAACUCGCCACCACCAUCCUCGUUUUCCCGCCAAAACAAUCUCCCACUCACACCUGUUCGAGUUUCCAAUCAAUCUCAAAAUGACAGUUUUGUCCUCGAAGACGUUCCACACCUUACCAAUUUCCUUCCCGAUUUGCCGUCGUAUCCAAACCCAUUGCAAGAGCGCCAAGCUUAUUCCAUUGUCAAGAAUACUUUUGUAAGUCCAGAAGAUGUGGUUGCACAAACUAUUGUUAUUCAGAAAGAUAGUCCUAGAGGAAUUCAUUUUCGCCGUGCUGGACCUCGAGAAAAGGUUUACUUCAAGCCAGAAGAAGUACGUGCUUGCAUAGUGACUUGUGGAGGAUUAUGCCCUGGAAUUAAUACAGUGAUCAGGGAAAUUGUAUGUGGCUUGAAAAACAUGUAUGGUGUUGAAGAUAUACUUGGGAUUGAGGAAGGAUAUAAAGGGUUUUAUUCGAAAAAUACUAAGAGAUUGACAACUAAAGUGGUUAAUGACAUCCAUAAACUUGGGGGAACAUUUCUUCGUACAUCUCGUGGAGGACAUGAUACCCAGAAGAUAGUAGAUAACAUUGAGGACCGAGGAAUAAAUCAGGUAUACAUUAUUGGAGGUGAUGGUACCCAAAAAGGAGCUGCACUCAUUUAUGAGGAAGUUGAAAAACGUCGUCUUCAAGUGGCUGUGGCUGGGAUUCCGAAGACAAUUGAUAAUGAUAUUGCUGUGAUAGACAAAUCUUUUGGAUUUGAUACUGCUGUGGAAGAAGCCCAGAGAGCUAUUAACGCUGCACAUGUGGAGGUUAAUAGUGUUGAAAAUGGAAUUGGAAUUGUUAAGCUAAUGGGAAGAUACAGCGGUUUCAUUGCCAUGUAUGCAACUUUGGCAAGUCGAGAUGUGGAUUGCUGCUUGAUUCCCGAGUCUCCCUUUUAUUUGGAAGGAAGAGGUGGGCUUUUUGAGUUUAUUGAACAGAGGUUAAAAGAAAAUGGACAUUUAGUUAUUGUGGUAGCAGAAGGAGCUGGCCAGGAAUACAUUGCUUCAGAAGUGCAUGCAGUAAAUGAGAAGGAUGCAUCAGGGAACAAGCUACUUCUUGAUGUUGGUCCAUGGUUAUCUCAUAAGAUCAAGGAUCAUUUCACAAAAUUUUCAAAGAUGGCGGUAAAUAUGAAAUAUAUAGAUCCUACAUACAUGAUUCGAGCUAUUCCAAGUAAUGCAUCGGACAACAUUUACUGCACUCUUCUUGCUCAUAGUUCUGUUCAUGGAGCUAUGGCAGGAUAUUCUGGCUUCACAGUUGGGCCUGUGAACAGUAGACAUGCUUAUCUCCCAAUCGCUCGUGUAACAGAGAGACCAAAUACAGUGAAGCUGACAGAUAGGAUGUGGGCUAGACUUCUUGAAUCCACAAAUCAACCAAGUUUUGUUGCCUCUGACCAACAAAGAGUUGACAAAGAGUAAAUCAAAGAUACAAAUAAGAUGAAUAUUGCUUCUGUCUAAUCUUGGUUUAAUAAUCUGCAUUAACUGUAUCUGCGCAUUGAUUAGCCAUGCUUCCUGUUGUUUUUAAUUUUUUAGUUGGGAAAAUUAGAAUAUGAUAGAUUUAUAUACAGGCAUGAUAUGUGUUCAACUAUGCCUGUAAACUAUCAGAUUUUUUUGUUGCUUAAAUUAUAUAUACAAGUGUACCUGCCCUUUGCAGCCAUAGGAUGUAAUUAAUUUUUAAUCGACGAAUGAGAUUAGCUACUAUGAACUCUGGUAAAUACACAGGUUUUUAGUUAUUGCAGUCUUAUCCUC